GGGAGGGCCCCUGAGUACCUAUUAAAGGAUGUGCUAGAAAACAGCCUGCCUGGAUCUGAGAGAGAGGAGGAGCCAGGAAAAGAAGUGGGGAUUAGGCUGGGGUGCUGGCUCACCCUGGCAUAUAUGCCCCCCGCCAGCCUGGGCGUCCUGCCUCGCCUCUAAUUACUGUGCUUCCCCACGCGAGGCCUGCUCCCAUUCUGUGGCUUCCAUAGCUAGCAAGGAUGAAAGGUGUCCUUCCUUGAGACUGGAGAGGACAGAUUGGCCGCCACCUCUGCCUCCUCCCCUAUAAAGCCUCUUGGGGCUCCCGGGCACCCAGACUCAGAGCACCCCACUUUUGGGGGCCAGCAGACAGCCAUGCUGCUCAACCGGAAGCUGCUGGGGAUCCUGGUCCUGUGCCUGUGUGCUGGAGGCAUCUCAGGCACUGGGGACCACCCCUCUCCCCAACUCACGGAAGCUCAAGAGGAGGAGAGCUCUUCAGCAUUGCCGCAGGGUCCCCCAAUCCCUGGUGACCCCUGGCCAGGGACACCUCCUCUAUUUGAUGACCCCCCACCUCCAGGUCCCAACCGUCCCUGGAGAGAUCUGCCUGAAAGUAGCUUCUGGCCUCCUGAGCCCCCUAGCACUGAUCCUCCACGGCCUGAUGACCCCUGGCCAGCAGGACCUCAGCCCCCAGAAAACCCUUGGCCACCUGCCCCAGAGGUAGGCCAUGACUCUCAGGAGGAGCCCGACCUUGACCCACCAAGGGAAGAAUACAGAUAGCUUGAAGCUUUUCCAGGGGAUUUCAGCAGAGGGCAUCCAGUCCCACUUCUACCAUCUAAUGCCCCUUAGAAUCUGUUUCACCCAGGUCUUGAACUCCCUUCCUCAUUCCUUCAGAAGGUGUCUCCAUUGUUUUCUGCCCCCUCUUGAGAUCUGUGUUUAGGCCCAACAUUAUCCCUCAGCUAGUCUCUGACAUUGUAAGUGCACACGCCUACCUCUUCCAGCCUUUGCCUCCCCUCACUGGGGACUUGGAUGCUCCCUGCUGCCACCUGGUGGCCCUCAGCUGGGAACCAGCACUUGACAGUGAUGGUGUGUCCCCACAAGAAAAAAUAAAAGCCACAUUUUCUUGGUU